GAUUGUAGAUCAUCGAAAUAUGAAAGUAGUCAGCUGGUUCUGCGGUUCAACUAGGCCUGCCCUUCAUAACAUGAUCCUCUAAUUUUGAUCAUACUGUAUAAUUUCUAUGUAAACUGUUAUUCCUCGUCUAUACUGAGAACUCGAUGUUGGAAGUUUCUUGUGGUGGUAAUGACCAUACUGUGAUAAGUUUUAGUAGAGAAUGUGAACAUGUCAAUAACUUCAAAGUAAAUUAUGGAGGUGGAUAUUUCGAAAAUCUCAGUAAUUGUAGUUUCAGUGGAUAUAACGAAGCAUCGGAAAACUUAGCAGCUACAAAACGAACUUUCAACUUGAAAAUAAUACCACAAUCACAGUCGACACCUGAAUGCAAAGAAAAAGAACCCAGUAUCGCUAAGUUGGAAAGCCCAACACCUAUAUCUCAAGUGCGUCCUCUUUGCCACAACUCUGUUAACAAUGGCUCUGAGGCGACUAUUAGCGUCCCACCAAAUACGUUUGAAAAUCUAGACGUACAACCUCCUCUACUUGAUUACCUCGUCCGACAUCAUGCUAUCAGUCAGGAAUCAAGCCAUACAAUUAUGCAGGCUGAUAAACUGCAACGACCGUCUUUGUUACUCAGUGCUAUCGGUCUCCCUGUGUUUAACGGAAUUAUCAACUCGAAAUCAAGUCCUACGUGUUCUUACGCUCCACCACCAGGAUUGGCGCUCCUGCUCAAUGCACUGCGGCAUACGGGUCAUCAUGAACUUGCCAGCCACUUGGAUUGUAGUCGGAGAAUCAAUCCAUCAUCAGUCAACGGAGGAAUGAACUCAGGAUGCUCCGAUCUCUCUGAUAAAAGAAGACGCGGACAAAUAUCAUUGUGGAUUCAAUUAUUAGCAAUCAAAGUAUCUCCUGCUCUUUACAAUCAGCUAACACCAAAUGCUACGAAAAAUAAGACAAAGGAUAGUUUCGCUUUACCCUCUCAUGUUGAAAAAAUGCAAGAAAACAAUAGACCAUUUAAUUUAAACGAUCAAGAUGAGCGAAAGCCAGGACAUCUUCAAAGGUUACCAUCUUUACCUAUAUGGAUAGACCAUACCACCACACCCAUACUAGCUACACAUACUAACCAGUCAAAUAUGGAUUAUGUUAAGCCAGCAGAAAAUACUAUCAAAAAUGCUCGUAAUCAGUGGAUCAAACUACUCUUACCUCUGGUGUGCUGCUUACGUCAAUCAAAAACAUCAAAUAAAAUGUCUCCAAAAAAUCCACCUGUUGAUGGUUGUACAAAACUUAACCUGGCCAACAAUGAGACAUAUCGGGAUAUUAGCUUACAUCAGAAUUCAUCAAAAGAUGAUUCUAAAUGUCCAAUUAUUAACAGUGCAGAUGACUUCAAAACUCGAAUGGCCAGUCGAGCUAUACUGGACAGUAAAUCCGUACAGUUUUAUAAUACAGUUCUUGAGAAUGGUUCAUCACUACGUGAUGCAAUCGUUAAAUAUUUAGAGCAGUCAUCCGGUGUUCUUGUAUUAGACUGCAAGUUAGGCCGUUUUUCGCAGACCUUCAACAGUAAUAGUGUGGCUCCGGAAUCAGUAUCUGCGCUGUGUGUGAUACUGAUCGCUACUCAGUCGGAAAUAAUCAAACGGCUAUCUGAGGACUGUAGUUUGUAUUCUUCAGAAACCAAACCUUCAUCAAAAGAGAUCAAUAAUUACUUACGACUCCCUGUAGUAAAAACACUUCCAAGUAAACUUAUGCUAACUUCCAAACUUGCAGAUGAUCUUGCUACUGUUCUCAUUCGUGCAGGUGCAUUAUGUCAAUUAGAGUUGCAAAACUUACGACUUUCAGUCACACUGGAUCCAAAUGAAGUCCAACUAGCUAUCAAAGAACUUAUGGAUUUGGAAGAAUAAUCACUACGAAACUCAAAAGACUAUAACUUAAAAAACUGCCAAACACUUUGUUAUGAGCUGUGAUAUACUUUGAUGUACACUAAUCCCUUCUAAUUACUAGUUGAUUACCCUCAUUACGACAUUUUUGUCGUGUCUUCCAGUUAACGCAUUUCACUGAUGUGAUUAUAAUCAUGCCAGUUUAUACUGAUUUGUAUUCUUCCUAUUGUUACUUCUAAUUUUUUCCUUACUCUGUUUCUGCCAAUAGCCGCUCCUGUGCUUUGAAACUUUCUAAAAAUAAUCAUCCCCU